AUGGCGCAAACCGAGGUCUAUAGACCAGCUUUUACGGAUCCGCCAGGGACGAAUGUCGCCGGCAUACCAACUGCCAAACUCAAACUGUCCUCCCCCGACGUGUCUUAUGGCUUGACGUACCAGGAGGCGUGCGCGAAGCACGUGCAACACACUUACAAUGCCUCGCGAGUCUACAUCAUUGCGUCCGGGACGCUCUCACGGCAAACCGACAGGGUCAAGACACUGAUCGAGGCCAUAGGCCAGGACAAGGUUGUGGGCUGUACGCAGGGCAUGACACCGCACACGCCAUACUCGGAGAUCUUGCAGAUCACCGCUGACGCCAGAGAGGCGAGAGCCGACUGUCUUGUGACACUAGGCGCCGGAAGCAUCACGGAUGGGGCGAAGAUGGUUGCCUUUUGCCUUGCGAAUGAUAUCAAAACGCGAGAAGAGCUCGUCAGGUAUUCCGCAGAGAGCAAAGACGUGCCCACGGUGGUUCACGAGCCAACAGUACCUUUGAUAGCUAUCCCUACGAGUCUUUCAGGCGGCGAGUACUUCAGCCUCAGUGGUGGCACUGACGAUGUGACCAAGCACAAGGUGCCUUAUCUCCAUUCUGGUAUGGGCGUCAAUCUCGUGAUCUUGGACCCGGAGCUUUGCACGACCACUCCGCCAUACCACUGGCUCAGCACCGGCGUCAGGAGUCUCGACCACUGCGUGGAGGCACUAUGCUCGCUGCACGGCACAGACAAGUCCGACCGAAAUGCAGAAGAAGGAUUGAAGCUCCUAGUCCCUUCCCUGCUCAAAUGCAAGGAAGAUCCUCAGGACCUCGGAGCGCGCCAUAAAUGCCAGAUGGCCGUCAUGCUUGCGAUGGACAAUAUUCGCGCCGGGAUACCGAUGGGUGGAAGCCAUGCCAUCGGCCAUCAACUGGGUCCCUUAGGCGUGGCUCAUGGGGUCACUAGCUGCAUCCUGUGCCCAGCUGUGAUGAAGUACAACAUGAAGCACGCGAAUGGCAACCCGCAGAUCAUCAAGCGGCAGCAAAGAGCGAGAGGCAUAUUGUGGUCCGAUCCAGAAGUGGCCAAGCUGUUGAAGAGCAAGGGACUUCAGGAAGACACCUCCGACCUAGGUGAUCUCCUAGACGUCGUGAUCCGUGCGCUAGGCCUACCGAGGACGGUGACGGAGCUCGGGAUCAAGAGGGACGUAUUUCCCAGCCUAGCCAAGAGAUCACUCGCAGAUAUCUGGUCCCCAACGAAUCCCGUUCCUCUGGUCAGAGCUGAACAGGUGCAGGAGAUUCUUGAGGCUGUUGUGUGA